CAUUAAGGCCACUAUUAGUAAUCUACUGGAAACUGGAAAAAAAGAAGUGAUAGUAGAAAAACAAGAGGAAAAGGGAGAGAUCAGCCCAGGGGAGGGGCAGCUGUGUGGAGCUCAGGAAGCUUCUUAUCCACAGUAGGACUGCAUGGGGUGGCACAGACAGUGCACAGAUCAGUGACAUGCAACAAGCUCUGCUAUCUCUCCCGUAGAUGCCAGGAUACUACUUGAUUCUCCAAUAUAUUAUUGUCUCUGAAGCCGGACCAAGUUAUCUGUCUGCAUAAUAUGACAACAGGUCAUGGAGAACCCUGUACAGCGAAAGGGCAGAAAAGUUUCUGUAUGAAUGGAGGUAUAUGUUACAGCAUAGGUCCUAAGCAACUCUGCAGAUGUAUUGACAACUACACAGGCGAGCGGUGUGAAGAAAUCCUCUUAUCUAGUGUGGACACAGAACCCCGAAGCAACUUUUUGAUUAACUUCCUGGUUUUAGGCACUUUCUUGGGCCUGAUAUUUUUGGGAUUAGUUGUCUAUUGUAGCAGGAGAAAAUUAAAGAAUCGUAGAGAAGACGGACCAUAAAUAUGACAGCUGUGUGGAUCCAGUGGAAAUCCAGAUAAGCUGAGGUAUAAGAAGACCUGUGCUGCCUUAUGGAAGACUGGACCUUUGAAAUGAAGUUCAUUAAAAGUAGUAUGAUGAUUUGCUUUACAAGAAGAUCCUUUGUGGCUCCCACAGAUUUAGGAUCCGGAGUAGAACAUAGUUUCUGCUGUUACGCUCUCUGGGAAUCCUCCCUGAAACACUUAUUGCACAUCCUGGAUCUGAUCACAUGAAUCUACCUAGAUAAUUGGUCAUAUGAUGCAGGACAGAAUCUGCAAAAAAAACAAACACAAAUAUUCAAGCUACACCUUAAGGAAAGUCCUCUAAUGGGCAGAUAUGUGAGCUGGAGUCAGCCUAGGAGACAGACAAGAUGAGGGAAUGUCAUUGCUGUCCAUUUAUAGUAUUAACAUUAACUUAUAGGCUAGCAAGACCCAUGAAAACAGCACUAAAUCAGAAAUAAGGAUGGAUUACCUGGGACCAGUGACUCUGAAAAUACAAACAAAUAUCAUUUAGUUUAUGGCUAAUGUGAUACUGAUCCGGGGGAAAUAUCUGAUUUAUGUUUUUUGCAUUUACAAAGAGGGUCAGUAAGCUGGCUUUAGACAGUCUUCAUAUGUGAUUAUGGCUUGGGGUUUACUGAUAUAAAGCUUAGUAGAAUAUAUAUGUACAAGUACUUCUUCGAUUGAAUGAACUAGAUGUGAGAAAGGAAAUAAUGUAUUCCCUUGUAGUAACCAACUCUGUGUUGUAUGUACAGUUUAUGUCUACAUACAUUUUCUUUGACAUUCACCAUUUUAUCACUGAAAGACAGUACUAUGUAUCAAGAUGUGUCAUUUUUGUCUAAAUUAUUUUAUCACCUGGAGCAUUGUAAACUUAAGUAAAAUGUGUUAUAAAGAGUGCAUAGCCCAGAAUUUAUUGAUGGCAGUACUGAAGAUUAGUUAGGUUCAUGCUAUUCUGUCAUGCUGCAAGUCAACAAGAGAACAUAAAGUUGUAUAUACACAAUGGGGAUGAUUUACUACCCUACAAUUACAAGUUCUAGCUUAUGUUUUAGGACAGGGAUGCCCAACCUGCGGCCCUCCAGCUGUUGCAAAACUACAACUCCCAGCAUGCCUGGACAGCCUACAGCAGGGAAUGGUGGGAGUUGUAGUUUUACAACAGCUGGAAGGCCGCAGUUUCAGCAUCCCUGUUUUAGACCUUUUCACUUCUCGCUAGACUAGGAGAAGUUG